GCUUGUUUUUGCAGAUGUUCGUCGAAACAUCAAGCGGUUCGUGCAACCUAUGAAUUUGUGCGGCUUGCUCGAGGGAAGCGUUAUUCCAACUGGAUUAUAUCGUCGUUCGUUUUAGUGCAGUAACAUGUAAAAAUUAACGCGGUACGGAUUUCAAUUCAUCGCACAACAACCGCUAACCGAAUCACUUUAAUAUGAUAAUUACGAGGGGUGAUUCUUCGGAUUCCUGAAUUAACCGGAAUAAUCUAAUGAAAACCAUGGGGCAUCUCAGACUGCACAAAUGGCCAACAUUGAACAGGCAAUUCAUGCUGGCCCUUCUCGUCGGCCUGGUGACCGGUUUCACGGUAGCGUACGUGGCCCUGUCACCCCGCAUGUUGCCUUUCGCAGACCCACACUCGAGCUACGAGAUGGAAUACAUGGCCGGACCUACGAUAGACCCGGGGUCCCAUUCUUAUCAGCACGAGGAGUUUCACGCGAUGGAGGACUCGACCGUCGCCGACAAAUUGUACGACGGCGUUAGGGUGUUGUGUUGGGUCAUGACGGGGCCCAAGAAUCACGAAAAGAGGGCGAAGCAUGUGAAGGCGACCUGGGGGAGAAGGUGUAACAUUCUUCUGUUCAUGAGCUCUGAAGAAGACCCAUCGUUGCCUGCCAUCGCACUUCCGGUUAAGGAGGGCAGGAACAAUUUGUGGGGCAAAACGAAGGAGGCUUUUAGAUACGUCUACAAGCACUAUUACGACAAGGCCGAUUGGUUCCUAAAAGCGGACGAUGACACAUAUGUGAUAUUAGAGAACUUAAGGUACAUGUUGGUGCCGCAUAAGCCAACCGAACCGAUUUAUUUCGGGUGCAGGUUUAAACCGUACGUGAAACAGGGUUACAUGAGCGGCGGCGCUGGUUACGUUCUUAGCAAAGAAGCCCUGCGUCGUUUCAUUCAGGUGGGAUUGUACAAUUCGAGCGGCUGCUCGACCUCCAACAGCGGUGCAGAAGACGUGGAGAUGGGCAAGUGUCUGGAGGCGGUGAAUGUCGCGGCAGGCGAUUCGAGGGACGCGAUGGGCCGUGGCAGGUUUUUCCCCUUCGUGCCUGAGCACCACUUGAUCCCCGGUCACGUGUCGAAGAGCUUUUGGUAUUGGCAGUACAUUUAUUAUGAAAGCAAAGAGGGUAUGGAUUGUUGCUCGGACAACGCCGUUUCCUUCCACUAUGUGAGUCCGAAUCAGAUGUACGUCCUGGAAUAUUUAAUCUACCAUUUACGACCGUACGGCAUUUCAUUUCAUGUGGAUAUGCCGCAUCAACUCACCGAUACAUCACCGGACUUUACACCAACUUAAAAACAGUAUUAAGGAAGAUGUUUUAGUUGCAUUCCACCGGAUAUAUUUAUCAUCUUAGUGCCAUUAUUUGAUAUUUUAGAACAAAUCGGGCUGUGUAAAACUUCUAGAUUAUUUUUGUAAAACGGCCGGUUUAUUAUAUUAGUAACAAUGGACUAAGUUAGACUGAAAACUUACCAAUAUUCGCUCAUAAACAUAUCAAUUAUCGUUUUUAAGGUUCUCAGUAUCUAGUACGUUCAUUUUAAUCGUAGCUAUUAACUAGUCUGUUUGCCAAAUAUGUACAUACAACAUGUUUUAUCUUGUAAGUUUAUAGCUUGGAUUUAUGAAUGUUUUUGAAUUGUAUAUUUGUACAUAUGUCACAAUUUUCAAAUUAUUAUAAGUUUAAAUCUAGCUGUUAGUUUUAACGCAUCAUAUUGUUGCGUAAAAGUCGCAACAUAAUAUUUUUUUCAGGUAUAAUAUUUAUUGAACUAGUCAUAAAAUAUACAAAUUUAUGUAUGUAAA